CAUAUUGUUGUGUUUCCUGACGUAGGCUUGCGAAGCCUUUCGUUUUCUGGCAGCGUUUCUACACGUGUUCGGCGACAUUCUGAGUAUUUUUGGACAAUUUCGCCAUAAAUUUGAGUCUUUUCGGGCUACUCUGUUUGCUUCGAUGCGAACAGCUUGCAGUUUGAGCUGCCGAACGCGUGUCAUGAUGACUGGAAAAGUAGAAACGUGUUAAUUUGUCCCUGCUAACAGCGGCGGCUGGGGAGCUAACGUUAGCCGCGCCGGAGAACAACAUGUCCAGACUUGUCCCAGACAACUGAACGAGUGCAUGGACAGCGACACAUAUACCAAUAGAAAAUAGGAAAGUGCAUGAAUUUGUCGAAGACAGAUACAAUGGAUUACCAGUUUCCUCCGCAGCUUUUCCCUUCGUUUUUCAACUGCGGACCUCCUCAGUCGGUCCUGAAACAUUCCAUUGGAGACUGGGGCUGCUAUGACCGAGUUAGACCUCAGGGUGACCCGGGUCCUCUCUCUAGCUGGACAUUUACAUCCAGACAUCAGGUCAGAGGAGAAAAGUGGCUUCACACUGAGCCAGUACCGGUUCCCCUGCUGUCCCCUAAAAACGGUGAGUCCCCUGUCAGCUGGAUUUACUUCACUGGAGGCCAUUCAUGUCUCAGACAACAGUCCCUGUUCACCCUACGGUUCAGAUCUGAGGUGCUGAGAUUACCUGUGGCCUCUGACGCCUCCAGAUCCACAAAACUUCACAGAACACAUGCAGAAUUUCUUCAUGGAUAACUGCCAGGACUCCUUCGGGUGCAUGAGUGAAAUUCUGGGUGAAAACUUCAACUUCAACGAAACAGCGAGAGAGAAAUGUAAGAUGGAUUCAGCCCACCUGACAGAAGUCAAAACGUUCCUCAACUUGCUGAAAUUCAAAAUAUGCCAGCAGACAUAUAAUUGCAAAUCACUGAACGCGUACAGCACCCUGAUGUCGGACGUGGUCCAUGGCAUCCCUCCUGAGCUGCUGGGUGCCCUGCUGCACGAGGAACUGACAGAGCAGAGGGACUGCCAGCUGUUCUGUGAAGGAGCCACUGGGGGCGCUCUGUCCUUUAUCCCAUUCUCACAGAGCGACAGCAGCUCUCAGAGUGGCUGCCUCCUCUACGCUGGAAAUCAGGGACUGGACAAACUCAACUUCCACAUGGUGGAGUUGCAGCACCACAGAGGAGGUUCCUCCUGUGUGGACACCAGUGGCAGUGACCCAUUCUGCUUCCAGCUGAAAGGCCCCAUCAGACAGAUCAGCACUGCCUCCAUCUUAAAUGACUAUUGUGUUGGCGUGCGGUCACCUUACCUGUGUGGAGUCUGGAGGUUCGGUGAGAGAAAAGAACCACACCUAUUGGAAGUUGUCAACACCAGGGAGGUUGCAACCUGCAUCAGCAUCAGUCCUCAUGUUUUAGGUGAAGUUCUGGUGGUGAGUGAGAGCGGAGUAGCAAAGCUGUGGACUGUUGGCAGAGGGAUGCAGACGGUUCGGGAAGAAGAUCAUAACCUGUACUUCAAUGCCAAGUCUUCAUGGAGAUGGUGCGAGUUCUCCGCCCACCCAAGGGUGAUGCUGUACGCAGACAGAACAGGGGUGGAGCUCACAGACAUCAGAGUGGAUCCUGCCCUCUGUCACACUCUGUUUCGUAUCAGCAACACUUCAGGGUGUCGUAGUGGGGAGAGACUCCUUCUGUCCAGAUAUCUGGGAAAUGUCCACUCCUUCCACCACCUCAUCAGCACUCAGUACUCGGCCUACAUCAUGGACGAGCGUUUCCCCAGCGUGCCCAUGCUCAAGUGCGAUCACAUGAUGCAGUCCCCACCCAUAUUUUGUGACAUAAUUCCUGGAUCUGUCUUUUCUGGCUCAGCAGAGGAUGGGGCUAAGACUACAAAGGUCUUGCUGGGCUCCCACAGUUCUCAGGAGAUCACAAUGCUGCAGUACUCUGGAGGAAGAGCGGAGGCCUGUUUCAGUCAAGGUCCUCCUCAGGCUUUGCUCAGACCCAGGGACAGUCUGAAACACCUUCCUGUACAAAUCCCUCACCGCCUGGACACCGCAACUAACAGAUUGUCCUCACCUGCCACAGGUCUGACAUCUAUCCAGGAGAAAGGAGGAGCAGGUGCAGAUGAGUGUAUAUGUAUCCUGCAGCUGACAGAGGCAGGAGAUAUUUUCUAUCAGAUCCUCGAGCCUGAACAGCGAGACGACUUUCGAUCAUCAGCUGUAGAGGAUGAACCUCUGCCUCAACAAGGAACCAAAAGACUGUCAAGAACAACUGCAGAACAGCCUGAUUCAGGCUCACAGAUCUUUGCAUCGGACACAUCAAGCGAAGAAGACAUAAUCGGGCCGACUCAGGGUCCAACUGUGGAGAGACUUGUUCCUGAAACACAAGUGAAGGAACGAGAGCUAAACGUUUUCUCUGACGCUUCCUCUGAGGAUUCAGAGUCAGCAUGGAAGGGUCCAAAACGGAGGCGCGUGUCGCUGCAGGUUGUCGUCAAUGAUCCUGAGCUGGAUCCAGUAAGUGGACUGGACAUGGAUAAGAAAGAUGCAAAUGUGAGUAAGAAUGACACUGAUGAUACAGAGGAACCCAGCGGUGUGGGGGAAAUGAGCAAUGGCUCGAGUAGUGGCUUGAGUCAGUUAGCUCAGGUAAAGUUCAGCGACAGCACUCUCGUCACGUGGAAACAUUGGCUUCAGAAAUUGACGCAUUGGAGUCGUGAGAAGAAGCCCCGUCCCCACUGCCUGCAGCAUUUCACAAUCAGUACUGGUGAUCUCCUCCCCCUAUUUGAUGAUGAUGAUAAAGCAAGGGAUUUUACAGAACAGGAGCAUGUACAGAGUCUGAGAAAUAAUCUGAAGGCAUGUAUGUCCAAACGCUCGCUGCUGGUUCAGAGAGACAUCUCAGCCUCCCUCGAGGCUCCAGAUGUGAUACCUGUACCAAACCCAGUGGACACCGAAGCCUGGACAGACCAGCUCAGCCACCGCCUGACUAUCUCCUGGCAGGGGGAGGAGGUGUGGCGGGAAUGGUGGAAGGACCAGCUGGGGCUGAACAGGGAGUUGAAGGUUGAGGCUCUGAGGAGGAAGAGGAGGAGGGAGAAAGAGGCAAAGAGAGCCUCUGGCCGGCGGCUCGAGCUGUCCGGGAGCUUCACCUCAUCUGUCAGCUACCAGUCAGAGCUAAGUGAUUUCUCUGAUUCGACAGGCUGGUCGUCUGCAGCGAGCCAGGGGGCAUUGUCAGAAAAUGAAGGAGUGGGGUCCCAAUCUGAGGGCUUUUUGGAGCAUGGCACAUCAAGAGCUUCAUCACCCUCCACAGUGCAAACAGACAUUCCAGCUCCCACGCUGACCGCCACACCUCAACAUGUCAAAGAGAAGCAAGGUGAUCAGCAGACCCGUAACAGCUCCCACGCCCUCUCCCUGUCCCAGACACCCAAACCUGACUCCACGCCGACCAGUCAGAGGAAGAACAAACGUCCACCCAAAGACUACCUCAGCUCUCUGUUUGCAGCACAGGACGAACCCUCUCAGCAUGACAGCUACUUCCUGGAAGAGGGAAGCACCACAUACCCCCUAACUCCACCUGUGGCCCCCUCCUCGUCUCAGCUCCGCAGCUCCCAGUCUGUCCCUCUGAGGACCCCAAGGGUGGAUCUGUCGCAGGACACUUCCUCCUUGCCCAGUUUCUCCCAGUCGCUGUCCCAGAGUUCACAGGGUCGACUGGGGCUAUCACAAGCCAAGAAGAAGAAGUCUCGAAUGGGAUUUUAAUUCAGUGGCCAGCUUGUCCGUCACGCUGAGGGGGGCGAUCAUUUGGAGUAUCUGUUGUGUUUGGUAGCAACUCAGGAAAAUGAAACCAUGGACAACCAGCCUUCAAUUGAAAAGAUUUUUUUGUUUUUGUUUUUUUUUCUGGUUUCUUCAGUUGCCUCAGGAUUUGGAAAAUGAAAAUCAUACACUGCGAUUGUACUUUUAAAAACAUGCAAACUGGAUCUAAUCAAGGAGGAUAAACGGACUGAAUGUUAGGAAAGGAAUCCAUAGUAAUCCCUGAAGAUCUCUGGAGGCUGAAGAACAGACUGCACACUGGUUUGGUAGGACUGAGCUGCAUUUAUUAUCUUUGUUGUUGUUUUGUUGGUGUGUGUUUGUGCGCGUGUGCAUGUGCUUUUCAUGAGGCGUUCACACUGGAGGUGACGGUGACAGCUGAUCAUUUCACAGUCUUGUACUUUACUGGUUUGGUUUUUAUUUAAUAACUGCCAUAGAGACGAGUUCUGCAUGGACUCCAACUGAAGACAGAGUUGUUCUCCAGGUGUUAUUGGACUUUUGUAACUGCACAGACUGAGCCAGAACUGAGAAGAACUGAGGAGUUUGAUCUCUUGCCUUGGAACAAUUGUGACAAUGUGGAUGAUAUUUCUUGUUGGUGAAACCAAAGUCUUAUUGUUACAGAAUAUCUGGCUAUUUGAUGUUUCCCUUGUCAUCGUAUCAGUUGUUUCUUUACUGAUGAAUGAAAAUGCACCAUGCUCGCCAUGCUAAUUAUUGUUACAACUCAUUUCUACAUCUGAUUUUCUAAACAAAACUGAAAUGAUUCUUACAUUAAAACCAUGACUCAGAA